AUGGGGUUUUGGAAUCAGGGAAUCCGCUCCCAGCGAAGCAAUUCCCCCUCUCCCUCGCGCCGCUCCUACUACGCCUCCCGACCGUCGUACUCGCGCAGCGCCUCCUCCUUCUUCUCCGGCUUUGGCGUUGGCGGCGGCUCCUCAUCGCGAGGGUAUGGGCAUUCCUCCCGCGCCCGACCCCGUUCGGGGUUUGUCAACCGCAUACGGCGCUUUCUGCGCGAGAUCUACCACUGGAUGCGCCGCCACCCGAUCCGGACCUUCGUGCUGGUCAUCUUACCCUUGAUCACGGGCGGCGCCCUCAGCAAACUCUUGGGGACGGUGGGCAUUCGACUCCCCGCGGGACUGCAGAGGAUGAUGGGCGGAAGGGAUAUCAGCCAGACAACAGAGAGAUUCUACGCCCGCGGAGGCGCGAGGGAUUUCGGGGGUGGUAGUGCCUUGCCCGGCAUGGGGGGCGGGAUUGGGACCAGUAUUGGUGCUCUAGCAGGUAAGAUCCAUAUUUACUUCUUUGCGGCCGUCUCGAGGAACGGAAUGAUACUGAUGAAGACCACCUGCAGGGAUAGCGAAGAUGUUCAUCUAAAUGAUCCGGCCGAACUGGAAGCGAUCUACAAGUCUUUUCUCCCGUCUGCUUUGAAUGAGCGAGCAAUGUUGCAACGUUUGAAUGGCUGGCAGAGGGAGCCAUCCAAAAGCACGUUAAUGUCUUGA